AUGGCGGAAAGUUGUGUCCAAAAUAGCUCUGAUGCCUACUGUAAAAACGACUCACUUGACUACGAUUUGGUUGAAAUUUUGCGUUAUAAGUACGAGAAUUGCUUUGCCUACGAUGGAAAACGUGUUAGAUGGACAGAUAGCUUCGAAAUGUUAAAGAUAUUUACAAAACAUGCCAUUGAACAGCCCGGCAAUUGGUUGUCACCCGGCGGAAAAUACAAGAAGUUCACAAGCUCAAAUUCAGACUUGAUCUUUACAUGGAACUAUGAGCUAGGUACUCUGUCAUUUAAAGGUGAAAUGGGUGAUCGCUUAAAAGAACUGUUUAUUACCGUGUGUACGAUGGGGAAAAGCUUACCGGCGGAACGUUCAGGCUUUGAGCAUGUUGCUUUGAAUAACGAUAAACCUUUGCGUGUUCGCGGAACCAAGACGAAGACUGCUCAAGUGUCUACCGAUAACGAUAGUGCUAGAUCAUCUAAUCACGUAAGUUCAGUACAGAAAAGUAAGUGUGACUGUCAAUGUGGACUGUUGGCCGCUGAACUUGAGGGGGUUAAGUUAGAUCUAGUUAUCUUGCAGAAAAAUGUCGAUACUAGGAUAACUUCAGCGCAGAAAACUCAUGAUGAUGAGGUGACCCAACUGAGACACAUUUAUGCUAAGGAAAGGUAA